UCAAAAUGGCGAUUGUUAUGUCGUCGAGGAGCAAGCUAGUCGUUGGUGGCAUCAUAGUGACGUUCCUGGUCGCAGCGGUGCUCGUCGUCGGCUCGACUGCCGGCUGGUUCCACAAACACCAGCCGAUGCCAGCUCCACACCCUCUCCAGCACAGCCACGCCAAGGUGAUUUUCAAACAUUUUCAAAUCGGAAAAUCGAGUCACAAAAUUUGUUUUUGCCCCUCUGACGAGGAUCCUGAAAUGACCACCUUGAAGAAGCGAGACUAUCACGGAUUUGGAACUCGGCCAGGAUUAAUCCCCGAACCGUUAAAUUAUACAGGCAGUUUUCUGUAAUAGGAAAGGCAUGCCAAAACGGCCAAUAUAUCAUUGAGAAAUUUCUAUAAAUUAUGAACUUUAUUCUUAAGAAUAAAG